AUGGAGAUGGAGAACAAGAAUUCAAACGAAAUUGACAAGCAAAAGGCAGAUGAAGAAGAAAGACGCCAUUUCAUGAAAGUUUUGAAUGGUUUUAAGUGCUACAGAAACAGUGCUUUACAAAGGGUCAAGCGCGCAGAGCGAUAUUUUGAUGAAAUUCCAGAACGGCAUAGAAACAUGAUACCGUAUUUUAAAGACCACUUAGCAACGAUUCGAACAUGUAUUGACCAUAAUUCUCAGGUGGUGGAAGUACUGAUCAAAGAUGCUAACUAUAUGUUUGAAAAUUCCUGCCAAGACAUUGAAGAUGAGAACAAUUUGAAGGGAACAGUUCCGAGCAUGCAAGAUGUUGAUCGUGUAAAAACGACACUUAAACAGUUUGUUAGAGACUGGAGCGCUGCUGGUGAAAAAGAACGAAAAGCAUGCUAUGAACCAGUGCUUCAAGAAAUCGAAAGUUUGUAUCGAUCUGAUGUUUGCAACCCUUCCGAAAUCAACAUAUUAGUGCCAGGUUCGGGUCUGGGUCGUCUUGCCUAUGAAAUUGCUAGCCGUGGAUAUGUUUGUCAGGGCAAUGAAUGGAGUCUCUACAUGCUUAUAGCAUCCCAUUUUGUUUUGAAUAAAUGCUGUAAUAAGAACAGCUUCACGAUCUAUCCCUGGAUUCACGAGUGGACAAAUAACAAGAGCCAUGAUCAUCAGACAGCACCGGUUACCUUUCCAGAUGUUUGUCCAUCGGAAGGACCUCCUCUGAAGAAUUUCUCAAUGGCUGCAGGAGAUUUUCUGGAAGUAUACACAGAUAAAGAAGUAUUUGAUUGUGUGGCAUCAGUUUUCUUUAUUGAUACAGCUCAUAACAUCAUUGCUUAUAUUGAAAAGAUUUAUCACAUACUUAAACCAGGCGGUUAUUGGAUCAAUUUGGGUCCAUUAUUGUAUCAUUUUGCAGACAGUGCCGUGGAAAGUUCGAUAGAGUUGAGUUAUGAGGAAGUGAAACAAGUUGUUAUAGAUUUCGGUUUUAUCUUAAAAAAAGAGCAAACUGAAAUGAGGACGACAUAUAUUCAGAAUCCUAAUUCAAUGAUUCGUUAUGAAUAUGACAGUGUAUUUUUUGUCUUUCAAAAAGCUGAACAACCUUCUUAA